CAUUUGGAUCGGGCAAAUAGUGACAAAUUAUUGCCUGAAUGUGCGUAGUAAGAUCUAAAUGGUCAUGCUGAUACACAAUUGUUGUACUUUGCUUUGAAUGGCUUUGGCUGGCGUUUGGAAUCUUUCUAAACAGUUACAUCGAAUCAAAACAAUUGUAAAAGCCGUUCGAAAAUGUUGUGCUCGGAAAGAAAAGCAAUAAUCUUCACCUUGUUUGCUUUGGGAAUGCUACUCUGUGUAAGCGAGACUGAAGCGAAUAAUUUAGAUUUGGGCAAUAUUGUCAAGAACCUACUCACGAACAUGGAACGGAGCACAGUUUGGGAUGAAAAUUUGCAUUUUUCACUCAUUUUUGCCGAGUUCGUAAUUAAGCAAAAGGUGCGUUUUUAUGAGCCCACACGCUUCGAAAAUCAACUUUAUGAGGACAUUUUAAAACGCAUCGCAACUUUUCGAGCUAAACUUAUAGUUAAGAACGGUAUUGGUCGACUGGAUAAUGUGCUGCAAAAGAAUGUCAGGUUGAUUAAGCCUGCUGUAAUUGAAGAUCAAAUUAAUACCGAGUUGGAAUAUGGAACAUUGAAGCGGUCCUACGAGAAGUUGCAAAAUACAGGAUUUCCAAGCUCAACGUUGUCAGACUAUUGUCUGCUGCAUAUUAGCUCUUUGGAUAAGUGCGAUGCAAUUGAGAAACAGUGUCUUCAGGUCAUAAGCUCCAAUGCGCCCACAUUCGGCUAUCGUCGCAUGCAUCAAAUUCUAAUUCUAUAUGUGUUGAUGCAUCACACCUGCGCGCCGCAAUUCGGCCCACAAAUCGUCUAUGAAAUUUUGUCGACGCAACAUUGUUCGGAAGUUUAUCGUGAACAUCGGCUCUUAGCCAUGUCAUAUUUGCAAGCUCGUCGGGAUUUGUACAUCGAACAAAGUGCUUUGUGUGGCCUUUUUGGCUUUAAGGAGUUUCUUAAUAAGGCGGAAGUGCGAAAAAUUGCAUCGUGGGAUAAGUUCGGCAUUUGCAAUUGUGUCGGCGAAAUAACGUUUUUCCCGGCGUCGAAUGAAAAUGACAUAUGCAAGUGUGGUGACCAUUCGCACAGCGUUGCAUUGUUAUUUUAUGUGAAUGCUAUGUUAUUUUUGUAUUAAGUAAACAGAUAAAAGUGUGCUUUAGGGUGAGCCAAAAAUAAUUUAUGACGAUUUUAUUGGUUAAAAUGAAGCUAUAUACAGGGGAACAAAUUUCCCAGCAAGGAUGGUGAGCACUAACACUUUUCCAUAUAAAUAUACAGAUAAAAAAAAUUGGUUUUUAUUAAAAAAGGAAUUUCCUACAAAGCGGAUUAUUGUUUAAAAAAAUAUUUAUAGGAGAUUUUUAGUGUUUUUUGAUUAAAAAUGUUCAUAUAUAACAAAGCAAACUUAGAUUAAAAUAAAUUUUUUUGCUCACUCUAGUGUACUUACAUACUUAUAUAGAAAUUACUGCUAUCAAGGAACUCAUAUGUGCUUUAUAAUUAAUAUUAAAUAUACGUGAAAUAUGAA